AUGCCAGUUGCAGCUGAAAAGACCCCAUCGCCGCCGGCAGAGCGCGUCAACUGCGCGAAAAGCGCCGCCGCUGGGCUGCUUCGAGGGGCCGCUCCUGCCUGCCUUCGCUUUCUCGCAUCUAGUCGGGGCAUCACGUGAGGGAAUCUGCCCUUGAAAAAAAUGGCGGGCCUCCUAGGCAGAAAGACCAGAGUCUGUCCGCUGCACACGCGCGCGCCAGCCACCCGCUUCGAGAGCGGCAGCUCGGCUUUGCUGCUGGGUGCCUCAACCCCGCGUGCGUGUGUGUGUAAAGAGACGAAGAGGGAGCUGGAAGGAGCCCUUCCUCCUGUCCUUUUGCCCAGGGUGGGAAGCGGGAGAGCGACACCCGCGGCCACACGCGCCACUGACAACAAACACCCUCGCAGCUGCUGCUCCGGCGCCGCAGCAGGACAGGCGCGCGCCCUCGUUCUCGGGAUGGCGGGCUAGCCGGGCGCGCUGCGUGGCUCCCUCAGAUGGAGUCGCGCCGCGCGCGCGCGCGCAGCUAGCCUCGCGCAGCAUCCCUCUGUGAGGUGGGAGGGGGGGAGCAAAACGCAGCACCCCGAGUCAGCUCCCCCUCCCUCCCUCUCUCGUCGUCCCAGUAGACGCGCACGCACCUGCUUGCCUUCCCAUCCCUCACGCGCGCAGAGAAAACCCCCGCGCCUGUGACUGAGGAGAAGCUCCGCGCGCUUUGCAGAAGCGAGGGGUGGGGGGGGAGAGAAGAGGCGGAGCUUUCUCGGCCGCGGCUGCUGCUAGGUGCAGCAGUGCGUGUGUAUACGCCUGUCGCUGGGGUGGGAUUGUUGCCCGCGGUAACCAGGGAGCCAGCAGCCCGAGGCGUCUGGCAGCUCCGGAGCCCUGGGAUUCGGGAGAGAGGCAGCGGUUCGGGUGUCGUCCGCAGAGGGUGGCUCGCAGGGGCCGAGCAGGGAGCGCUGGCCAAGGGGGAGCAGCAGCAGCAGCAGCUGCGAAGAGUCCCGGACGGGGAGCGUGAAGGAGGUACAAAACCCACAGCCGGCAUUGGCGGGCUCUCGCGUCCCUGAGGGGAUGCUUCUGCUUUCUGCGCUGUCAUGUCCGUCGAGGAGGCAGGCUGGGGCAGGGCAGGUACAAGGGACAGCAUUGCUGCCGCCUUGGGGAUUGGGCAGCUGGAAGGGCGCCUUGAGAUCUAGAUCUCCGCAUCAUGCGACUCGCAGGCAAUGAAGCCGGAGCCUAGGGCCAGCCAAAGCAAAUUGGGGGCAAAAAUCGUUUUCUUGAUUUGUGGGGUUCUCAGUUUUGUGGGCGAUUGAGACAGAUCUAAAAUCAAGUAUUUUUUAUUAUUAUUAUAAUUAUUAGGGCGGAAAAGCAACCCAAAAACUGAUUGUGGAUAUUUCUCCAACAAAAUACAAUGUGGAUUGCUGACUGGGGAGGGAUGACAGGGUGGGCAAUAUUUGCAAGCGGUAAACUGGAUAUACCUGCCACACUGAUAGUUUAUAUUCAGCUCAUGUAACUGAAAGCAAAAUAACUUUUGCCUUGGAAGUGAUGACUCACUUUUUUUGGUGCCUGUUUACUCUUGCAUUUUUUCUUUCUGUUUGAGAGCUGAAUAAUAGUUUUGCUUCAUAUGUGCAAAAUAAGUGCAACCAAUACUCCAUGACUACAGCUGGACUAAUCUGCUAUAUGUACAACUUCAAGCAGAAACCUUUAGCAGCCAGUUCAUUUCACACGGAACAUUCCGUUAGUCGGUAACAUGCCAGCACUGGAGAUUCUGUUGGUGGAUUAGCUCAGCCUAGGAGGUAGUCAGUCUCUCAGUGAUUUACAGCUCAUUCUGGUCAAGGCACCUCAUGAAACAUUUUGUGGGUUGGUACUUUUUAUCCACUGGGCUGUUCUAACCUUGUAAUUUGUUGUUGUGCUACUUACUGAUUGUAACACUAGUAACCAGCUUUGCACACAAAGCAGUUCAUGCUAAUGCCAAGGAAUCAACAGCCUUCCCGUGUGUGCUUGUGUGACUAUAUUUUUUGUCCAUAUGGCCUCGGACACCUACAGGGUGCUGAGAUUCAUAGAAUCAUCAAGUCAUAGAAUUAUAGUGUUGGCAGGGACACCAAGGGUCAAACUCCAAGACUGCUGUCUGAGCAGUACUAAAAGCAUUGUAUUAUGUUAUUCAUUCAUUUGAUUUUUAUACCAAGCUUCAUCAAAAGAUCUCAGGGCAGUUCACAAAAUAAAAACACAAGAUAAAAGCACAGUAGUCAAAACAAUAACCUCCCCUCCCACAAACACUUUUAAAAAGCUGUGUGUGUGAUACUAAUCCUGGCCCAAUUUGUAAAUAAUGAAUUAUGUGUUUUAUUUCCAACAGAGGAACAGGUGUAUUCUAGCAUUUGAUCCCAACAAAUAACUGCAUAAUAAAAUGUUGAUAAUUGUAGUUUUUCCUGGGGGGGGUUUAAAAAAACAAUUUUAGAGGAAACAAAUCUGUUCUGAACUUUGAUUUGAUCAUGAAUCAACAAGAGCAUUAAUCAAGGUCGCGAUGCUUCAUCUACUUUGUGGGAAAAUCCCUUUGAACACAGUGAUUUACUUAUGAGUAAACAUGCAUGACAUUGAGGGGCAAGGCUGGAGUCAUGGGCGUAUUUGCAGCUAGUCUGGUUGUUUACAUGUUUAAUUAGUGAUAGUUUCACUGAAACUACUCAGUAGAUGUGCAACUACCACGUAGGAUUGUGGCUUUACAAGGAAGCAACUGUCAUGGAACUUAAAGCAUGUGCAGGAUCAGGAUGCUUAGCUUAAUUCAUAAAUGGCAUACUAGAAACUUAAAGGAAAUGUAUUUCACUAUAAAUGUUGCCCCUCCUUACUUUAUGAGCUUUUAUUUGUUAUAUACAAUAGCUUCAAUUUUGUAAUAGUCUUGGGGCAGUCAUUUUAUGAAAGCAGAUACAUAUUAUCUUCAGGGAUGCAUGAUACAUUUUUGACCUAGCACACACUGUUUCGGAUCAAAAGUGGAAGCAUCUAACCUAGUUUUCUCCAGUUCUUAAAACUUACAUUACCUACUGUAGCUCCCCAAUCCAGCAUCAAUAACUCUGUCUGUGGUUGAAUAUGCAAUGGUAUCUGCACACACUUGUGAGCACAGGGGCUGUUACUGAGUUGAAGGGUCAAUGAAUUGGAGAAGUAAACCUGCAUUAACAAUAUGACAGGUUAACUCUAACUCCCAUCUCAAGUCAUGUGGGAAAAAAAUAUGAACAAUGCAGCUCUUUAGGAAUGUUUUAUGCUCAAGUCACUUUGGAAUAAUGGAGCAGAAAGGGAGGUGACCACCUGAAAUCACCUCAUUGGUGGGAGGAUUUAUUCUACACAGGGCUUGAUUGGUGCCAUCUACCUCUAGAACCUUCCCUGCAGCUUAACAUAUAUUUUCUCCCAAUGUCCCAUCCACCCCCUUCAAUGAGGUUUGAGACUCACUGAGCUAACCUCAAGUAGAAUAGUAUAAAGUAGUAUGCAGAAUUUGUUUUCUUCCUUCCUUUUUAUUUGUGAUGAGGCUGACUCUGAUUCUCAACUUCCAUAAACUUUUUUUUUUUUAAUUUAGUGACUAACGAUUCUACUGUUUGUUACUUAUUAUGAACAGGAUGGACCUUAAUCUUUGGACUGUCCAAGUAUCAUGUGAUUUAGAAAGCUGUAGAGGGAGCAUAUGUUGUAUUUCAAACAAAAAGUUUACUUAAUGGCUUGUAAACAAUAGGUUUAAAAAUUAUAAUGCGUAGCUUGGCUUAUUGAAGUUGAAUUAUAAAUGUGAAAGACCAAAAGCUCCCCCCUCCCAUUCCAUAAACAGACUUCCUGUUCAACUGGGCUCUGCUAACUUUCAUGAAGCCAGUGUGAAUUACAUCACUUGAUGAUAUGGACACAAGUAUCCAGGAAAAGAAAAUAUUUUCUUUCUGUUUUGAGAGGUAGGAAGGGAAAUGUCACCAUAAUUCUGCAGUACAUCUAUACCUCAGGACACCCCUACCCUCAGUAGUACAAAGAAAUGAAGUGUCACUUUAUAUUAUCUUAAUAGCACUGCAAGACCUGCCAGACUUAAUGACUACAGUAUAUAUUUGUGCCUUGAUCAUCUUUCAAAUGCUACACUCCUUUCCAGAAGUAGGCUGCCAAUGGCAGGAGUGCCUUAUCUCUGCAGACCCAUGCUAAUUGAGAGUACAUGCCAUUGAAUUUAAUUGAGCUUACUUCUGAGUAAACAUGUACAGGAUCAUUUCACUUUCUUAGUCAGAGUUAAAUCACGCUGAACUCAAUCUGAUUUUCUGAUGAAUUAUCAUGGUUAAGGUUGGGGAAUAGGAGUACAUCACACACACACACACACACACACACACACACACACACCUCAUGCAAUAUCAGAGCUGUGUAUAGCAAUAUAAAAUCAUCACGAAACUUUAAAAGCACUAUUGAACCUUCUGCAACUUUAAGCCCACGUGGAGAACCUGCUGCACUCCAGAAGUUGUUGGACUCUGACUCCUAUAAUCCCCAGUCAACAUAGCCAACAACUUCUAGAGGGCCACAGGUCCCCUAUUCCUGUUGUUAACGAUCUGCUGAAUUUCUUUGUUUUCAUUUCCAUACAGCUAGUGCAUAGCCUUCUGCCUCCCCUCCUUAUGAAAGCUCAUUCCCCAAUAAACUAAUUACUCAGUCAGUUUGUCACAAGACUUUUUGUAUUGCCAUUAUAACCAGAUAUUUCUGGUUCUCGGAAAUUUGUCUUAAUGUUUCAGAGGCAUGUUGAGAAUGCAGGCAAGUUCCAGUAUUGCAUGACAGUAGGAAGUGAAUCUUAUAUAGUAUUUGUUUGUAUUUAUAUGUGGAAGUUGAAGCUGUUAUCAUGACUAAAGGUAUGUAAUGUAAAGUAUGCCCAAGGGAAAGCAAGAUAAGUUCUAAUGCCAAUGUUUAUGCUUAUGUUGCUGAUUUGACCUUAGAACUGGCUCUGGCCAUGAUUCCAGGUAAACACAUCUGCACAGUGUGAGCAGUUCAACAGCAUUUGUAGAUGAAGCAAUUGCACCAGUGAUCUACUAUACAAUGUGGCAGAUCACAUUGUAGAUCGCUCAUGGUGUUUUUUGGCUUUUUGGGAUUUAAAAAAAGACUUGUACAAUCCUAAGCUAGGGUUUCCUGUAGUAAGUGUUUACUGUAUGGUAUCCAAGUAGAGUUCAAAUUUUAGAGAGUAAAGUAGAUUAUCUCAACCCCACUUGUCAGGCAUAGAAUUAUGCCUUUAGGUGUGGUGGUGCAAGUCCUUAUUUGUCCUUCUGCAGUUAAAAGCAGAUGAAGAGGAAUGGGUUGCCUAGCAUCACACAUUGAUAUUAUUUAUUAGAUGCAUUUGUAUGGAAAACAUGCCAUGUUAGUUGGGAAUCAUUAUCUUUGAAGACCUUCCCACAUUUGUCGUUAUCAUGUCUUGCAGACCUCUCCUCUAUCUCCUUGUGGUCUUUUGUAAGGAGGGCUCAUAAAUGAGCAGUAAAAGUGGUUGUGUGGCAUUUGUGUGAACACUCUACAUCCAAUAACAACAGCUUCCAGGAUGAUGACAGUACUUUAAAAUGGAACUGCAUAUAAAACAUCAGAGACAACAUUGACAACCACAAGUCACACAGUUGCUUCCUCUAUAUACUUCCACCUCCCCUCACCCUAUAAAUACAGGGUUGGCCCUGGAUGAAUACAUGAUGUGAACAGGCCCUAAAACACUUCGGUUUCCAUACCAUUGACCUUUUAUGUUAAAAAAAGAAAGAUGCAUCAAUAACUUUAUGGCAAUUUGAUCUCGAGUCAUAUGUCAGCUUUUUGGGAGGAAAGUAACUGAAACUGGAUUCUUAGGGGCACAAUUAAUUAUUUCUUAAUGAAGGUACAAAAAGCAAGUUUUAAAAGGCAAAAGGCACACAUGGUGCAAUAUGAAUGACAUGUAAGUGUUUGAUGAGAUUGCAAUAAAUUUGAAAGAAGGGAACCCCAGUCAUGUAUUUAUUUCAGGGAACCUCAGCCAUUUGAAUACUCAUACUUCAUUCACAGCUGUCCAUCUUGCAUGUAUAUUUUUCAGUGUAAAAACAACUAUCUUUUGAAUCAUACCAACAGGUGUGUUGUUGUUGUUGUUUAAAAAAGAGACAAGAAUGCAGUCUUAUUAUUCUGUGGUAAUUCUGCUGAAUGUCUAAGAUUGCUGAAGUGGGCAUACUGUUGAUGUUGUUUCCUCUUCUGUUAAUGCUCUUUCUCUGCCCAUCUGUUGCAGCUUAAUUUCCCUUUGUUUGGACAAGUCUAGUUUUCCACCCUACACAAAGAAGUGUAACAUUUACCACAAAUACAGUAUAGCUUGGAGUCUCACUUUACAUUUAGAAAGAUAAAUUGGCUAUCUGUUGCUUAAAGUCUUACCACACUUGAGUAAUAAAGCUGUUAAAAAACGGUAUUCAACAGUUUGUGUAAACAAGCUAUUCUAAUGUAAACAAAAUAAGUGGUAGAUGUGAAUUUUAAUUUAUAUUCAAAAUCUGUAGAGUGUUUCCUAAUACUGGUUCUAAUAUAUUGUCUCCAUAUAACUUGAAAGAACUAAUACAUGGUAAUCCCUUUGACACUGAGAGUUUAAAGAAAUAAUAAUUUUGCAUGCAUUAAAAUAAAACCAAUUUAAUUCAUAUUUUAAUCAGAUAAUGAAAGUUACAUUUAUGUAUUUCAACAAUUAAUAUACUACUUAGCUCUUAUGUAUUAGGAUAUAGCUUGCAUAAAUGCAGCAUACCAUUCUAAUAUCCCAUAUUUAUCAAAUGAUAUCAGUAUUGUCAUCUUUGCAUCUUGUCAUCCAGUGAUCUGGUGUUUAGACCAUUUUAUUGAUACAUAAAAUGCAUAUCAGGCAUGCACUAACCGAUAAAAGCUCUAGUCUUUAAGGUGUUGCAAUAAUUAUUGUAAUGGUUGUUGCGACAGAGUCACAUACAGGUAGCUGUCCCUUUGAAAUGUUGCUUGUACACAUGAUCCUAGUCAGGGUAUGUGUUCUACAGAUGUAUCCAUCCUUCCAGUCUAGAAAAUAGUGUAAAGUCACGUUUUAUACUUGCAGAGCAAUAUACACUGCCUGAAUGGAAGACCACCAGUCGGAUAUCAGAGGCAGUAAAGUUUCUGAAUACCAGUUGCUGGAAAGUGCAGAAGCGGAGAGGACUCUUGUUCUCUGGUCCUGCUUGUUGGCUUCCCACAAGCAUCUGGCUGAAUGCUGUGAGAACAGGAUGCUGGGCUAGAUGGUCAUUGGCCUGAUCCAGCAGGCCCUUCUUACGCUCCAAUGUUUUUUAAUGAACCAUAUAUAAGGCAUGCUGAGCUUGUUUGGAAAAAGAGCAAAGAGUGGGUAGAUGUGAAUGAAUGCAUAGCUCCCUGAUAGUGAGAAGCAUUCCUAUUUUCAUGAAAUUUCCCUUUUAUCACAGGCUUCCUCUUCCACAUAUUCCUUUUCUAAUGGCUUUGUCUGUUUUGUCUAUAGCCUGCCUAGUGGCCUCCACUUACAACAAAGCACUUCCAGACUCUUUCAGCGAAGCGAAGCUGCCAUUCCUUGGGGAUGGAUGACUGUUAAAUGUACCUUAUUUCAGAACAUUCUGGUUCAAUAGACUAAAUGUAUUUAUAUCUAUAAGCAUCCCGACAGUCAUUAUAAUUUCUGCUAACCUACACUUCGUAAAAGGAAGUGCACACUGCACACAGAGUAGUAGUCUUCAAUAAAAUACCACUUCAUCUCAUCCAUCUUUGGCCACAUUUAGAAAAUCAUAAUUGCCUCUGCAUGCAGCCCCUUGGUGAAACUUACGUUUAAAGCAGGAAGUCUCUAAUUAACCAUAGUUUCUGUCUUGUCUGAAUUGGGAAACUAUGGUUGCCACCUUCAGAACAAGCCAAGAUAUAUAUCCUGGCUUCUUCUAAAGCUGGUAACCAUAGAACCAAAAGACUCGUGUGUAUCUUGAUUUAAUAAGCUGAGAUAUCAUCAUCUGAACAGGGCCAUCUGAACUGGGCCAUUGCAUCUUUCAUUUCAUUUCACCUUCCACCAGAGAUGCCGUACAAGAGCCAUUUUGUUGUGCAUCAGUUUGCCACAGAUAGGCAUGCAAGCUCUGGCCAGCAAAUGUUUCACCUAUCGAGACAAACCAAAUGACAGAAAGGACCCCAGUGUGAUGAGGAGAAGAAGAAAGAAGUUUAAUGGAACAGAAAACUGGAUUGUUGUAUCAAACCUUGACUACAUAUAGUGUGUGCUGUGUAUCUGAAUAUGAAAAGGCAAUAUUUUUUUCAGGGAAUCUGUUUGAAAUCUGGCCAUAGGGCAUGACUUUAACCUUUGAAUGUUAAGGUUCAUUUCAUAACAGCUCUCUUAUAAGUGAGAGGGAACACUGAACAAAUUUUCUCCUUUUUUAAGGAUGGAUAAAUAAAUAUACCACAAUAAGAGGUGCUCCUGUUAUAGCAACAGUAUAAACAGCUCUAUGCUAAGCUUGUUAAAUGUAUUUUGAAUCCCAUGAUACCUAGCGUUCAUGGUUGAUAAUCUAUGCUAUUAUAAAUGACUGGCUUGAUUCACUUACAGUCUUUAAUCAAUGCUGCUGGUGUGUGUGUGUGUGUGUGUGUGUGUGUGUGUGUGUGUACUUCCUGAUUUUUAAAUAAAUGCUGUGCUGUUAGAGGGCAGAAAUGUUUUAUAUUGCAUAAUACUACAGAAGAACACUUAAAAUUUGCCGCACUGAAAAGUAAGAUGAUAUUAAGAGAGUAAAUAAAACCUAUGCCUUCAGGCAUAAAUGAUUGCCUGUGGAACUCAAGGAAAAUACUUCUGGCAUUAUCCUACUACUAGUACACUGUCUACUACACCACAAUAUUUUUCCCCAUGUGCAGUUACAACUGCACUGUUGCUGCAAAAAACAGCUUUGUGUGCAAGUCAUAGGUAAAACAGAAUAAACUGCUGAAUAUAAGUACAGUGCGAAAAUCUGGUGAAGAAAUGAAGAAGUCUAGGCAGUGGCACAAACAAUUAAUAAAGCCAUGUAAUUUGAAGACAAGCCUUUUUCAGGCUGAAAUUGUAUAUGCAGUUUCCUGUGAGUAUGCUCCAUUGAACUCAGUGGAUUUAGUUUUAAGUAAGACUAUAUAAAAUUGUACUGUCAGUGCAAGUAUGUUGCUAUUUUUAAAUGUUUGAGUACAUGUUUCAUUAGAAUGUGUUGAGUGUAUAGAGACUUUAUGCCUCAUUUGGUUUUUCAAAUUUGCCCCCUUUUUUGAGAAGAAUGCAGAGACGGAUGCUGUUCUCUGGCAUAUGAGGGCAGGAAAUGUUUGGAGGUGUUGGAGAAAGAGAAAUCUGGGAUGGAGCUGUGUGAUCUGACAAUUCUGGUCCAUUGUGUUCUGAGGGCCACAUUCUGUAUUUCUGCCUCACUUGUCCUUUGCUGCGGUGUUCAAAACUGAGAUAUGAAAGCUAGGAGCUAUAUGGCACCUUAAACCUAGGUUAUGAGCGCUGCAACAGAAUGUCUAGGUGCACUUUUUAAAUAACAAGAAUACAAAGCUGAAAAUGAAUGAGCUGCAGCUAAGAUCUUACUCAUUUUUCACAUGGUCUAGUGCUCAUCUUGAAGAUUGCAAAAAAACCAACCAACCAACCAAACAAACAAACAAACCCAAAGCCAUCCAUCCCCUGCCCGCCCCCCUAAUAUUUUUAGGAGGGUCUCUUCUCCAGUCCUAAGAGAGUGGCUGGAAGUGGGGAGGCAGAAAAAGGUCCUCCUUUCACUCCAGCAGUGGCAGUUUUAAUCUGAAAUCUUAGGUGCAGUACUGCUCCAAAAGCUCAGAAACUGCUCACAUUAAUACUAAUACUAAUAAUACUAAUAAUUUAUUUAUACCCCGUCCAUCUGGCUGGGUUUCCCCAGUCACUCUGGGCAGCUCCCAACAGAAUUUUAAACAGAAAAAAACUUCAAACAUUAAAAACUUCCCUAAACAGGGCUGCCUUCAGAUGUCAGAUAGUUGUUUAUUUCCUUGACAUCUGAUGGGAGGGCAUUCCACAGGGCGGGUGCCACCACCGAGAAGGCCCUCUGCCUGGUUCCCUGUAACCUCAGUUCUCACAGUGAGGGAACCACCGAAGUCCCUCGGCGCUGGACCUCAGUGUCCGGGCUAAACAAUGUGGGUGGAGACAUUCCUUCAGGUACGCUGGGCCAAGGCCAUUUAGGGCUUUAAAGGUCAGCACCAACACUUUGAAUUGUGCUUGGAAACGUACUGGGAGCCAAUGUAGGUCUUUCAGGACCAGUGUUAUGUGGUCUCGGUGGCCACUCCCAGUCACCAGUCUAGCUGCCACAUUCUGGAUUAGUUGCAGUUUCUGGGUCACCUUCAAAGGUAGCCCCACGUAGAGUGCACUGCAGUAGUCCCAAGUGGGAAAUACAGUGGUACCUCAGUUUAACAACAGCCUUGUUUACGAACUAUUUGGUAUACGAACUCCGCAAAACUGGAAGUGUUCCGGUUAGCGAACUUUACCUCGGUCUACGAAUGGAAGCCGAACGGUGGAAGGGUACCAGUGGCAGGAGGCCUUAUUAGGAAAAGCGUGCCUCGGUUUAAGAACAGCUUUCGUUUAAGAACAGACUUCCAGAACAGAUUAAGUUCGUAAACCAAGGUAUCACUAACUAGAGUAUGCACCACUCUGGCUAGACAAUCUGUGGGCAAAACGCAUCUAGAACAAUGUUUCAAAUGCUGCUUUGCUGCCUAUAAUAAGCUAACUUAGCUAUCUCUUCCCAUACUUGCUCCUCUCAGUCCCGCCUAUCCUUUUUACUUACUGAGGCCUUUUGUGAGAUAGGCUUCUAUAUUACUUUCUUCCACCAUCAGCAGGUAGUUAUUUGUUUUUAUACACUCCAGCUAGUCUUUCUUUCUGUCUUGGCUGUGAGAAGAGGUAGCAUUGUCAGUAAAUACUGUGCACCCACAAUGGUUGCAGAGUGUGUAGUGUUGUGUUCUGAAAUCAUCAAAGCAUGGCACUCACUCCUUUCUAAGGAAACUGUCCAUUAACUAGGUUGAAAGAUAUGUGUAUAGAUAUAUACCACAAUCCUGAAGAUGCACAUUGUUACUGUACACAAAAGGCUUGUGCCAGCCAGCAUAAUUAUUGUGGAAUAAUCACUGUGUGUUGCCAUCUCCAACGCAGUUAUAAAUGGUUAAUUCAGCAUGUCAGGAAUGUAGAUUUUUACAAAGCUGAAUCCAUGGUAGAUGAAAUGCCCAUAAGAUGGUCUGCAUGAACUCAUGUUUCCCCCAUUCCUUCUUUGCCACCUAAGCCAUUUCCCAGCCACGUAGUCUUGUCUUUUAUGUGGCAAUGCUGCUGUACUGAAGGUUGAAGGGAAACCAGCAGCAGCCCACAAUUUUUAGUGUUCCUCUGGUGCAGCAGCCCUUGUGCUACUUUUCCAAUGCAGUGGCUCAUAGAAUUAGGUCAUUAGUCACCUGGGACAGCUAAGGCACCCAGAUUUUUGAAUGUAUUAGCUAGUGACAGUAUAGUGAAGUAUUUUUAUACCAAGACUGUGUUCUCUGAAGCCCACUCUUGCAUUUUUCUGUCUUUUCAGACUUCAGGUCUCCUGAAAGAGAGCAUUCCUAA